CUCAUCAGUUUCCCCGGAAACGUUUCAGCCUGACAGAAUUUUCCGGGAAAAGUUUCAUUCUUACAGUCUUUUUCCGGGAAAAGGGUUUAUGUUUUUGUCAUUUUCUAGUAUUCUUUUCUUUUUUUUCCUUUGUGAAGAAGACAGCAAAAUAAGGUUUCGGGGGCUUUGAUUCGUUGGCCAAAGUGAAAGACCAAAACAUGCGGAGAUCUUGUGAUUACCCCCAAGACAGAGAAACAUAGACAAGGAUAUUGUCAGGUUUUCUUACAAGUCUUUUAAUUUCUUGUCGGAAGAAUCAUAAUGGCUUCAGGAGGAUCAAAGUCGGCAGCUUUCAUGCUUCUGUUGCUGAAUCUUGGUCUCUACUUUGUCGUCACCAUCAUCGCUUCCUGGGCUGUUAAUCACGGCAUCGAGAGAGCUCGGGAGUCUGCGUCGGUGCUUUCUCUUCCGGCGAAGAUCUUCCCUAUAUACUUCCCGGUGGGGAACAUGGCGACUGGUUUUUUCGUAAUUUUCUCGCUGAUCGCCGGCGUCGUCGGAAUGGCGACUUCACUCACCGGAAUCAUGAACGUUCUUGAGUGGGACUCUCCGAAUCUCCACUCCGCAGCGGCGUCUUCUCUCAUCUCCUGGUCUCUCACUCUCCUCGCCAUGGGAUUGGCAUGCAAGGAGAUCAACAUAGGCUGGACCGAGGCCAAUUUAAGAACUCUUGAAGUUAUGACAAUCAUUGUGAGUGCUACACAGUUAUUGUGCACCGGAGCCAUUCACGUCGGAGUUGGAGAAACAGUCGCCGGUGAAAGGCCUCAUGCGGGAAGAGUUUGAGUUUCUACACUUAAAAGAGAACUAUAUAUAUCGGUUAGAUUUUCUUAUUCGAAGCGUGUGGUUUACUCAAAACAAGAGUUUGUGAUCGUGUAAUCUAUUGUGUGUUCAUUGUUUUCAUUCGUUUAAUUUUUUUCUAUUAUAUGCACUGUUUGUAUACGGCACUACCUGAAAUAUGAAUUAAUAUUAUUGCUGUUAA